AGAAACACAAGAGAAGAUGCUUCUGAGGAGAGAAUAUGCCUCGCAAUGCUCAUCUGGUAGAGAGCAUAUUAUUGCGGAAGAGCAAAGGAGGGAGUUUUCCUUUGGAAUAUGCGAAAAAUGCACAGGAUAUGACAUAUCCAUGGGGAAAAGAGGCUUACAUUGUGCUCCUGAAGUCAAUUCAAAACGCUGUCGCGAAUCAUUUGGAGAAUAAAUCCAAAUUUGAGUUGCAAGGUUAUCCUCUAGUAUUCCUUCUUUGGAUACUAGAGUCGAUUCCUUUGCUAAGGAAUAAGUUCAGUAAGUGUGUACCAACAGUUGAGGUUCCUGGGCCGACUUACUUGUGUGAAAAAUACACUGAGAUAGAGAAUCCAUCACUUGAUAGGGUUUUACAGGUUGAAGCUGAUACAAAGCUGAAGGUCCAUUGCAUACUACCUUCUAUUCCUCAUGAUCCAGAAGAUGAUAUCUCCAUUGAAGACAAAUAUAGUGACGAGUUGGAAACAGUGAAAGAUGUAACAAAGAAAGGGUACAAGAUUACAGCCGAUGACUGGGAAAAUAGGUGUGUAGACACAUUUGACACAUUGGAUGCUCUUAUUCAAAUGAUGGCAAAUAAGGAGACUGGCCAAGCUUCUACUCCGAUUGAUGAGGAUUCAGUAAAUGAAAAAGUGAACAGGAUCAUCACGGUAAUGGAGGAGAAUCUGAAGAGCAUGAAGGAUCGAAUGUCAUUACUGGAAGAAGAAAACAUACAUCUUAGAGCUCGUGUGUCAGAGUUGGAAGGAAACAGCAAUGUUUUUCCCACUAACGUGACACAAAAGGUAAAUUCUCAAAACAUCUUCUUUUACAUUUGCAUUUUCAAGUAUUUUUUGGAAGAUCUUGUACAUAUUCUUGAAUGCCUUCCUAAUAUUUGACAAACAGCGAUCCAGUGGGACACCUUUAUCUCCAAUGUCUCACACGCAACCAUCCAGUGGGACACCUUUAUCUCCAAUGUCUCACACGCAACCAUCGAGUGAGACACCUUUAUCUCCAAUGUCUCAACAGCCUAAUUUGACACAUGAGGUAUGUAACCAAUAAAUAUUGUUGAGUUUUGAAGUAAUAUUUGGAAAGCUUUUGUACUUCUUGAAUGCAUUCCUGAUUUUUGCAGGAGACAAUGAUUGAAUCAGCUGCAUCUCCAAAGUCUCAACAAAAUGAGGUAUAUGCUCAAAAAUUUUUAAGAAAAUAUUUGGAAAUUCUUGUACAAAAUCCUGAAUGCCUUCCUGAUUUUUGCAGGAUUACACGCAAUCAUCGAGUGAGACGCCUUUAUCUCCAAUGUCUCAACAGCCUAAUUUGACAAAUGAGGUAUGUAACCAAUAAAAUAUUGUUGAGUUUUGAAGUAAUAUUUGGAAGCUUUUGUACAUAUUCUAGAAUGCAUUCUUGAUUUUUGCAGGACACAAUGAAUGAAUCAGAUGAUGAAACUCCUGCCCUUGAUACUCAAGUAUUCUCUCCUAAUCUGACAAAAGAGGUAUAUGCUCAAUGAUAUUGUUUUCACAGUUGGAGUUUACAAAUUAGUUUUGGGUGAUUUUUUUUUACAUAUAAAGGCUUUUCUGAUUUUUGACAGAAAGAAACAGAAACGUCUACCGGUGAGAGGCCAUCCAAUCCUAAUCAAGAUGGAAAACCAGAUGAUGAGGUAAUAUUUAUUCUAGAAAUUAUAGUUGAAUGUAUUCAUGAUGGCCAUUCCUGAUAUUUUUUUGCAGAUUGUGAGAGAGAAAUUAACAAGUGAGUCACCUGCUAGUCAGAGUCAAGUUUUGCAGAAAGAAACAGUAGAAAUGAAUGAGACACCUUCUUCUCCAAUAGCUCCAAAGAGUAUUGAAACUCCCGUUUAUACUCCAAGUCAGACUCAGCAGGUACAUGGUCAAAAAAAAUCUUGGAUUUUUAAGUUAAUGUUUGGAAGCUUUAGAACGUACUCUGGAUUGACUUCGUGAUAAUUUUUACAGAUUGAGAGAGAGCCAUCGGAUGACACGCCUGCCCUUGAUACUCAAGUUUUUACUCCUAAUCUGACAAAAGAGGUAUAUGCUCAAUGACAGUUGGAGUUUACAAUUAGUUUUGGGUGAUUUACAUAUAUAGACCUUUCUAAUUUUUGGCAGAGGGAAACACAAACCUCUACUGAUGAAACGCCACCCAAAACUAAUCAAGGAGAAGGAAAACCAGAUGAUGAGGUAAUAUUUACUCUAGAAAUUAUAAUUGAAUGUAUUCAUGAUGGCCUUUCCUGAUAUUUUUUGCAGAUUGUGAUUGAGUCACCUGCUGCUCAGACUCAAGUUUUGCAAAAAGAAACACUGGAAAUGAAUGAGACACCUUCUUCUCCAAUAUCUCCAAAGAGUAUUGAGGCUCAAGUUUUUACUCCAAUUCAGAAACAGCAGGUAAAUGUUCAAAAAAUCUUGGAGAUUUCAAGUAAUGUUUGAAAGCUUUUGUACGUGUUUUUGAUCCCCUACCUGACUUUUUUUUGUUUUUUUUGCAGACGGUAACAGAGGAAACGUAUGAGGCUACACAGCCAUUGACUGAGAUCAUUUCAGCAAACAAUAAAAAGGUAAGCAUAGAAAUGUCUUUCAUAAGUACAACUUGAAUUUUAAAUUGUAGAAACUUCUUCAUAACUACCUCUUUUAUUUUACUGUUAUUACAGGAGGAUACACAUGCUGUGCAUUACAGACCUUCCUCUCCAUUGUCUUCACUAAUUGCACUAGUUAUUGAA